UCGCUUUCCAAGUUCCCGCCCACUGCCUUGUUUUUUUCUGAAUCUAGUUCUUGACCUUCUGCUUCUCCCUCUGCCUCUCCCUCUCUCUCUCUCGACCCUUUCUUUUCCUUUCUUUCCUCUUCACACCUCAUCCAAUUACCAUAUACACUCCGACUCCUACUAGCUCUUGCUAGCCUCACCCUCCUCCCUCCCUUCGCCUCUUCAUCAUCACCCCACAUCAAACCAAAACCAAAAACCAAAACAAAACCCAUCUCCCAUUAAUUCACCUCCACAAUAACCACAUAACUCUCCAAUUAUAUACUUACUCCAAAUAUAUAUAACUUAUCAUCAACACCACACUCCACCACCACUCUCAUCUCCCCCUCUCGUAUCUCCAACCACCACUAGCAACAACAACAACAAGAACAAGAACUGCUUGAUCUCCAUGGCUUCCAAGGCACAAUUCCUUCGGGAGUAUAAACUCGUCGUCGUCGGUGGAGGAGGCGUCGGCAAAUCGGCACUGACGAUCCAAUUCAUCCAGUCGCAUUUCGUCGACGAAUAUGACCCGACCAUCGAAGAUUCGUAUCGCAAACAAUGCGUCAUCGACGAGGAAGUCGCCCUCCUCGACGUCCUCGAUACCGCCGGCCAGGAAGAAUACUCGGCCAUGCGCGAACAGUAUAUGCGGACUGGCGAAGGGUUCCUGUUGGUCUAUUCGAUCACCUCGCGCAACUCGUUUGAAGAGAUCUCGACGUUCCAUCAACAAAUUUUACGGGUCAAAGAUAAAGAUUAUUUCCCAGUGAUUGUGGUUGCAAACAAGUGUGAUUUGGAGUAUGAGCGUCAGGUGGGAGCGCAUGAGGGCCGCGAACUAGCGCGACACUUCGGCUGCCGGUUCAUCGAGACCUCGGCCAAGCAACGGAUCAACGUCGACGAGGCCUUCAGCUCGUUAGUCAAGGAGAUCCGUCGCUACAACAAAGAACAGACGAUCUCAAGGCCUGGCCCUAAUGGCCCCGGAAACGGGCCCAACGGGUUCCAGGAAGAAGGCGAACAGUUCCAGUCCUCCGGCUGUUGCUCCGGCUGUCUCAUCCUCUAGCCCCCCCCCCCCUUCCCCCUCUCUUUCUCUUUGAAUACCAUUGUUUUUUUUCUUUUCUGAUAUGCUUUUUUGGAGGGGAUUCUCGUACCUGUUAUAUCUGCUCAUCAUUUCCAUCCUCCAACCCCCAACGGAUCUUACUUUGUCUUCUUUUUUUGAUUCUUUAUCUAUUUGAAAUUAUCUAUCUAUCUAUUCAUCCCUUCUUCCUCCUAUUUAUCUCAGUUUUUCCUUUCCCUUUGUUCCUUCUUCUUUUUUCAUGUAAACAUUCCCUCCUCCCCCUUCCCUUACCCCUAUUUAUAUUGUUUUUCUUUCAUUGAUGACCUGUGAAAUCAACAACUGUUAGUUCUUUUUUUUUUGGUUAAUUCGAUCUUGAAUAAGAAAAGAAAAGAAAACUCUGUUUUGUGUGUGGAA